GACACGGCGACGAGAGCGAGGGCGGCCGGGCCGCGGGCAACCCCACGGAGCAGCUGCGCCGCCGCUGCCAUGACGGGAACAAGCACGGCACUGCCGCCGGGAUGCGCAGCGCCAGCGCCGGGCGGGGCGGGGCGGGCGCCGGGCGGGCGGCUCCGCUUCCCUGCCCUCCCCUGUGCUGUGCGCGGUGUAUUAAUAGGUGACUAUGGACGGACAUUUAUGUUUGUUUCUGUACGGAAGAGCUUGCUUUGGCUGGGUGCCGCGGCGCUGUAAGAGCACCGUAACCUUCCCGACUGGAUGUCCUCGCAGCCACCCGGAGCCGGCGCAGGGUUUGUCCUGGGCUGCCCGUCCCAUCCGUGUGUGUGCGGCGGUGGGGGACAGCAUCGGCCGAGGGAGUGCUCGAGAUCCACAGCCCGCCCGGUGCGGUGUUGGGAGGGGGGGCUGCUGGCUUUCCUCCCAUGAAACAUUUCUGCCUACUACUAUCAAAUAACCUGCUUUUGUCAACGCAGCUGAUUGAGACUGAUUGAGACUGGUCAUUGACAGAGGACGCUAUGAAGCUACUGAAACUCUGUAAGGGAAGGAGACCUCUGAGCUGUGCUCUCUUCUGCCAUCAGCUGGAGGAGAGGAUCCUUGAUGAGUCAGGAGACCUGAGCUACCGGAGACAGGAGUAAGGGAAGGAGUGAGUGUGUCAUUAUUUUCAGGAGAAAUCUGUGGCUGAGGGAGAAGGGCACUACCGUCUUCUGGGCUGUGGAUUGAUUGUCCUGAGUAUAUGAAGGAGGGAUAGGGUAACUAGGAGCUGCUGUGCUGAAAUUGCUUCAGGCUAGGGCAAUGUCACCAAAGCAGAAAUACUCACAGCAGAGAUGAGUCUCAGGACCACAGGGGGACUGGGCUGGAAUGGAGAAGUGGAGUGGCUUCUGUACAAUUGGCACACAUUAGAGGAGAGAGGACAGCAAGGGCAGAGAUCAGAAGAUUCUGAGGACUGCUUUUCCAGGGACUGCAGAGGAGUGUCUGACAUUCUGAACCCUUGCAGGCAAUACGCUGGUUGCUUCUGCAAGAGAUAGAAACAGCAACGAUUUACUUGGACUGCUUUUCCAGGGACUGCAGAGGAGUGUCUGACAUUGUGAACCCUUGCAGGCAAUACGCUGGUUGCUUCUGCAAGAGAUAGAAACAGCAACGAUUUACUUGUUCAUUGAAGUUCCUCCUUCCCUGAAGAGGAGUGUGUGGGGCCACCUGGUAAUAAAGCACACCCCUCAGCCCAAGCAUUAGUAAAUGUGGAUCUGACCAUCCUGCAUAGAUGAAACCUGUACCAAUUUUGCAAAACAACAAGUUAGCAGAAAGCAAGAACUAAUAACAAUCAGAAUUGUUUUAUCAACUCAGGGGGAAGAAAGAUAUUUUGGACACCUGUAGAAGUUAUUGUCAAAAAAACAGUGGAUCGUCAUCAUCAUCAUCAUCAUUUUUCUGCUUGUAACACAAAUCCAGAGCAUGGACAAAAAUGCCAUGGAGACAAAGACAGGAGGAGAGGCAUACUGAGUCCCAUCUGCUAAGAGUGCAGAUAGGCCUCAGCUGAAACAAACUCUAUCUUUAUUGUAAACACCACCGUGCAGGAAAAAGGCUGAAGCUACCGAGAGGCUGCCAGCAACAGCCGGGACCGCCCAAAUAAGAAGCGACAAGUUUUGUCUUCUUGUCUCGGAUGAUUUAGCGAUAAAAUACCCGCCCCGCCGACAACCGAUGGGAGAGCUUCCAGCUAACCUCGUGUAGAGUCUCUGCGUGCUUCUAAUUUUAAAACCUCCUUCAGAUCUACCAAUCAUGAAACGAAUUCUCCUGUUUUUUAUACUGGCUGCUGCUGUUAUGUAUGGUAUCCUGCAUGGAAAUCUGUGGAGAAAUAACCUCUACUGGAUUAGCUUUUAUGGACAGACUUCCUCUGUGAGGGCUUCUCCUUCCUAUGAAACUAGUGAAGUUACUCAGCUGCCACCUACAGCUGUGGAAAGAAGGAACACACUGGACACUUGUCUCCUGAAACCAGCAUUUGAAUCUUUACUGGGUGUUGACAAAAUAUACCCGUUCCUGUGUGCUAAUGACUUUAUCAGAGUGGCGGAGUUCCACGGGAGCGAUAAGUUUGAACUGCCUUAUGGAAUAAAGAGAGCAGAGCAAUUUUUUCGUUUAGCCCUUUCAAGACUGCAGAACUGUGGGCUUUCCAAUGAAGAUGACAGCAUUGCCUGUCGACGGUGCAUUGUGGUGGGUAAUGGAGGAGUACUUCGAAAUAAGACAUUAGGAGAGAAAAUUGACUCCUAUGACGUGAUAAUAAGAAUGAAUAAUGGCCCUGUUAUAGGGUAUGAAGAGGAUGUUGGGAGGAGGACGACUUUCCGCCUUUCUUACCCGGAAUCCAUCUUCUCGGAUCCGAUCCACUAUGACCCCAACACAACUGUUGUUCUCAUUGUCUUCAAACCACGUGACUUGAAGUGGCUUUGGGAGAUACUGAGUGGUCAGAAAAUAAGUGCUAAAGGCUUUUGGAAGAAACCGGCUCUGAACAUGAUAUACAAAUCUAGUCAAAUCAGAAUUCUUGAUCCCAGCAUCACCAGAAAAACAGCUUAUGAGUGGCUUCGUUUCCCAACAAGGUUCCCCAAGAAAGAGAAACCCAAGCAUCCAACAACGGGGCUAAUUGCCAUUACACUAGCAUUUCAUAUAUGCCAUGAAGUUCACUUGGCAGGCUUCAAGUACGACUUCAGUGACAGAAACAGCUCUUUGCACUACUAUGGCAACGACACGAUGUCUCAGAUGAUGCAGAAUGAAUACCACAACAUCAACGCUGAGCAGAAGUUUUUGAAGAAGCUUAUAGACAAGAACUUUGUGGUCAAUUUGACGUGAAAGCUGAAUGGAAAAGAUGAAGAACAAUGGCUAUUUUCAAGAUUGGGGGAAAAAAAAGAUUAUUUUUUUGUAUGACAAUUUUACUUUUGAAGUGCAGCAUAACUGUUUUCUGCUUAAAGUGGAGCACAGAAACCUCACCAAGGCAGAAGCUUCUUCCAAGCCUGAGGAUGAUAGACUAUUGCAGACAGAGUUAAGCGAAUUUCUGUGAAGUUAUUUAAUAUAACAGAAAAACCAUGAAACUUUCAGCUGAAAUUAUCAGGGAUAUAAAAAAAAUGUGAUGCAUAUCACUUAUUUAUCAGCAAGAACUCUUUCCCAACGAUUACUUCUCUGGAAUACUUUUGUUUCUGCUGUUGUCCUCCAAGAGAGUUAUGCUGACAAGAGACUUAAGCACUCAGUGUUUAAUUAGCAGAUGGAUGUAAAGUCCUGAAUAUCUGUGUUGUAGUAGAAAAGGGCUUUAAAAUGAUGUCUAUAAAUCAUUAACUUUGUGUUUGGGAAAAGGGGGAACGUACAGAGUGUGCAGGUUUUGGUCUGCCCUGCUCCUGAGGAGGUGAUGUCCAUCUUCAGCAAAGAAGGCACAGCUUCUGCACUGGCCAUGGACCCUGAACUGCUGUCUGCCUUUGCCCACGGUGAAGACCCUUUGGUCUGUGUUGCGGAGGUGUUGGUAUUGACAACGCUUGCGUUGUACCCACUUUGUGGAGAACCAUCCCUUCUGUGCUGUGUGUCCAAUAACUUUUCCAGUUGAUGAUGACUUGAGUUAGAAAAGGAGCAUGAAGACUGAAGAGCUGUCCCUAACUACCUGCACACCAGCCGCUUCCCCAGACCACAACAGGGACGUGAGCUGGGACAGAGAUGUUCACGACGGAGUUUAAAUUUAUGAGUCAACGCUUGUUGGAUUCCAGGACAGGAUCUCGUGUAUCUUCCUCUUUGCUCCCCAAGAAUCAAAGUGUAUUUUUUCCAAACUAGCACAAUCUCCUUUCUCAGAUGCUAUAACGUGUUUCCAACUUUGAAAUCCAACAUUAUGAGCAAUGAAUGUUCUCAUUUUUUGCAGUCAAUUGUGUGAGAGGAUAUCCAAGAUGUACCUCAGCUGAAUUAUCAUUUGGCUUCUGUUUACCUCUCCUGUCUUGACAUUUAGGUUUAAAGGAUGUGGCUGAACUAAAUUAUUUAGCGUUGGGAAAUUACUUUGGAUUUUAAUUGAAACGUUUAAUGAGACUUUUUGGUUUCUUGUAUUGCUGAACAAGUGAAAUCUGCCUGGGAAUGCUGGUGAUGACUGUCAGAGAGGAACAAGUAAUAGGCUGCUGCAAUUCUCUCGGAGGGUGUAUACAUACAUUUUUUUUCUAACUGUGGCAGGUUUACUUGAAGACCUUGUGGUUAUCUUGAGCAGUCACACCUAAAGCAAGCACAAAGAAGUCCACUUAAGAGGAAAAAAGUCUUGAAAGUUGGUAGAAAAACCUUUGCUGCUUUUAAAUAGAAUUAUAGAGUGUCAGUACAUUUAGGAGCAGUGCAGACAAUUACAGAAUGAAUACACAAACCUCUAGCAGGUCAAGAGCAGGGUAUUUGUGUUUUCAGAAGCUGAGGAUUACGAGAUUACUGAACACAGUUUCUUUGGUGCAGUGUGUAGGAGGAAGCACUGAAGUGACCAAAGAGUAAUCUUUCUUUUUUCCUGUUUCUCUUGCGGAGUGCAAUAGGUAUUUAAAAAAACCCUCAAACCCUUCCCAUAGUUCUCCUCUCCCUUUUUAGCACCUUGGCUCUACCACUUGAGAGUUAAGGGGGACAGCGUGAUUUUAGAGGGGAGCUGUGCCAAAGGGGAGGGAGUAUGUGUUUUCAUCUCCUGAGCUUUGGUCCAUUUCAGGCUAAUUGGAUGUAUCUCAGAUCACUCUGGAUGUCAUAGAAAUCUGUGGCAGGGUCAGGGCAGGAGCCAAGCAUGUCCCUGGCAAGGGAGAGGCUAUGCCCUGGUGUCUUGCCAGCUGGAUGUGUGUCCCCUGGGCCCAACUGCUGCAGGGGGUUGCCCAUUUUCCAGGGUGGCAACUGAGCUCAUGGAGGAGAGGGGCACCAGAGCAGGUGGCUGGGGUGUUGGAAAUGGAAGGGGAAACCAAAAUUUCUUCACCAAUUAGCAGAAGGGCUCUCAGUUAAUUGCAUUUCCUUAUUUCUUAUUUCUUUUUUUUUUUCAAACAUACACAUUUCCAAGGCUUUGAGGAGAUCUUUGCUUACAAAUUUGAAUACUAACAGGUGGGGCUUAUGCAUCCAAAAUCAGUGUCGCUGCUGUCUUUGUCUCUACCAGCAUUUCCUUCUCAUGAUUAUUUCAGUUAGUUAAAAAGGUUCAUACGUGACUCAACAGCCCCAGACCUGUGGCGAUUUAGACUACUGACAAUAGCAGUUCCACGUGAAAAAAAAAUGCCAAAGUAAGGCUUUUUGCAAAGGGAAUGGCAUUGUCAGAGCUCUUCUUGGGGAAAAGUGCUUGAUAGCUCUCAGACUGUUGAGAGCAGAGCCAAGCAGCAGUGAGAGGGCUGUCUCUUCCCACCCAAAACCCACGGUCGCUCCCGGCUCGGGCCCUCCAGCUCUCUGAGGGCCUGCUGUCAUGGAGCCAGCCGCAUCCGGAUAACAUCUCACAGUACGCUGCCUGUGAGGACUUCUCCUGGGAGAGCUGCUGAAUUUCCUCUCUCCUCACAGUGCCUGUUUCUUGUGGUGAAUGCAGCUUCCCUCUGCUUCUCCACCACUGUCCCCAGCUCCAGAAGCAGAGUAGGGAACUCUGUAUUUGAGAAUGUGAUUAUUUUCUCUGCUUUGUUUCCUCUCCAGAUAUUCUUCCCACUAAUUAAACUGGCUCCUUCUCCUAAUUUUUCUAGGAGGUUUUAAGCUUUUUGCUGUUUUGUUUUCUGGCGAGGGUGAGGUUUGUUCUGCAAACAGAAUAGUUUGGAUAGUUAGAAUCCAAACAAAAUAACUGUGAAAAAAAGCUUCAUGCAAACAAAUGGUGUCCCCCAAAUUAUUUUUACUUCAAAUAGACUCCUUUGUUGUUUCACCAGAUGAGCAUUUUUGGUCUCCCUAAGAUGAUUAAAAAAAAAUAGAAUGUGUUCUUAAUGCAUUUAAUAUGGAGAUCAACAAGCAUUUAUCCCCAUUGGCUGCUCUUUUUUAUGUUUUUUCAGGAAGCCUCCCUGUUUGUAUCACAGACCUCUGUUAGAAAUUAAACAGUAACCCCAGGGAUGUUUUCCCCCUUGUGCCUGCGCUCCUGCAGGGAUGUUAAUUCUGUGUGUGCUGAGGUUGCCGUUGCAGGGUGGCUGAGGAACAUUUAGAGCCAGACCUGUUCACUCAGGACUGAGCCAAGAGCUAAUACCGUUGAUAAACCACAGGGUACCAUUUUCAUUUUGCAAGCACAGCUUGCAGGCCAACAGCUUUUAGCUUCAGUGAUAAGCAGUGACCCAAAUUGAUUCAUUUUCCCCUGCCAAAAGGUGUUUUGGUUGGAUUCUGUGUAUACAAGUCCUGCUUCGUCACCAUCAUCCACUUCCCAUGGUCAUUUCUGCUUCUCUGCCUUGAGGACAGUACUGCUUUGACACUAACUUGGUGUAGGCAAGAAUACUUGUCUGUACUGCAUUUCUCAGUAACGCCUGUAGGUCACAGUGUCCCUGCUGUCUGGGCACAUGUUUUCACAGGUGUUUUGCAAUACCAAAGACUUCCCUUGGGACUUUUUGAAAAAAGCCAUAAUGCUAACUCCAAAUACCUAAGAUCUUUUCUGAGAGUGACUUGCUGAUAAGAUUUGGUUGGUUUAUGUUUUUCAUUUUUGCCAUUCCUGAACGUGAAAUCUCUGCACUGAAACUUCUCUGUAAAAGCUACCUUUUUUUAAAAAUCACAGCAGCAGCAAAGCUGCCAAUUUUGAAUCCCAGGGUGCUGCCAGCUCUUUAUAUCCUUGUCUGGUAACGGUGUAACUAUGUAGGCGGCCAGUAUCUUCCAUCAGUUUUCUUCCUGGAUCAGUUGCAAAAUCAGAUGGUCUCAUCUGUUCUUCCCCUGUCCUGUUCUCCAGCAGCCUGAUGAUUUCAAGACAUCAGCACCUUAUAGGCAGAGGUGCUCCUGCAUUUUAUAUGCCCCUCCCUCCAAAUGCUGCACCAGUAGAAAGACCCAGCUGUAAGGUACCAAAGGACACCACAAACCAGGCAGAGUGAUGUGCCUCAGCUGAAAGCUCUGUUUAGCUCAGACUUGUUGGGUUGGGUUCUUUUGUUUAUUUUCUGUCAGGAAAGUAUUUAUUUCCUCUGCUGUAUUAAUUAAGGGAAGUACAGAGAUAAGGAAAGUCACCAACUACUGCACUAAAUACGAACCUGAGAGUGCCUAAAAGAUACCACUACAUGACAUUUCGAGGAACUGUAUUGGUGAUAAUAAUAAAUAAUCACAACUUUUGGUGUUUAAUAAUGAAGUGUGCGGUACCUCUUUUUCCCUCUACCACGCUUUCCUUUUCAACAGUACCCUGGGAGGUUGUAUAAAUACCUUAACUUUUAAAUGGAGUCUGUUUUUUAAGACCAUGUGAAGCUCAACAUCUGUUUGUGGUAUCGGCAAAUAAUUUAUUUGCCAUUUGUCUUACAUUUUAUAUGCCUUUUAAAGUGCCAGCUGUAUUUUGAAGACAUUCUUACAGUUGUUUCCGGUGAAAUAUUGAACUCUACAAGUGGAAAGAGAUUAUUUUCCUGCGAAUAAACUGUGUUAAAGA